CCCUCACCCUCACCCUCCCUCUCCCUCUUCCUCUCUCUCUCUCUCUCCAACCCCCUCUCUCCCUUUUUAAAAGAAAAGUCUCUCUGUAGGGCAGGCUCAGCCAGAACUCACUGUUGUAGCCCCAGGCUGUCCUGAAGCUCACUUUGUAACCCAGGCUAGCCCGUGUCAGGCUCCUGAGUGCUAGGAUUCCACCAACUCUCCUUAUUAAGUCGCCACAGUGCUGGGGACUAGUAGUACCUUUCCUCCAAACAACUCCAGAAUGCAUUUGGUAGGGAAUGUUAAAAUCAGAGGGCUCCAGGAGUCAGUCAGGCCAGAUCUUCAUGACCCCAAAGUCUAGCAAAAGGAAGGAAAUGAGCCCCCCCCCCCCAUCCUUCAUCCUGAUCAGUGAUUACUUUCAAAACUAGUUGGGGCAGGAAGUAGGCUCCCCUCCCUCCUUCCCAGGACACCUUCUCAGACAGAUGGACAGACAAAAGACUGCGGGACGCCGUCCGACAUGGAAAAGCGGGGUGCUGUCAUGCACCUGACCUAGGUGUCCUUCCUGGCUGCCCCUUUGAGCCCCAGUACCCACUCAUAACAGGACCCCAUGACCAAGAUGAACGUGGUGGACCUUGCCUGUAAUGCUCAGCACUUCCUACCGUGUUCGCGUGUUUAUGAUCCGUGAGUGAAGGAGACAGACUGGAAGAAAGAAGGCCUUCCCUUAGUACCCAGUGCCUCUCACAACGCAAGCCAGAACUUACCAGACAUCCAGUAUGACCUCCAAAGUCUCUUCCCCAACCCUGCUGGAGGCACUGAGCAGCGAUUUCCUAGCCUGUAAAAUCUGCCUGGAGCAGUUACACACGCCCAAGACUCUGCCAUGUCUACAUACCUACUGCCAGGACUGUCUGGCCCAACUGGACAUCGGUGGCCAGGUCCGCUGCCCCGAGUGUCGGGAGACUGUGCCUGUCCCCCCGGAAGGUGUGGCCGCCUUCAAGACCAACUUCUUUGUCAAUGGGCUCUUGGAUCUUGUCAAGGCCAGAGCUGCCGGGGACAGCCAUUCAGGGAAGCCAACCUGCGCUCUGUGCCCUCUGGUGGGGGGCAAGAGCUCGGGGGGACCCGCGACAGCCAGGUGCCUGGACUGCGCAGAUGACUUAUGCCAGGCCUGUGCUGACGGGCACCGCUGCUCCCGACAGACCCACAAGCACCGUGUAGUCGACCUGGUGGGUUAUCGAGCCGGGUGGUACGAUGAAGAAGCUCGAGAGCGCCAGGCAUCCCAGUGUCCCCAGCACCCCGGGGAAACCCUCUGCUUCCUGUGUCAGCCUUGUUCUCAGUUGCUCUGCAAGGACUGCCGCCUGGGUCCCCAUAUUGAUCACCCCUGCCUGCCCCUGGCGGAAGCAGUGCGUUCCAGGAAGCCAGGCCUUGAGGAGUUAUUGGCGGGUGUGGACAGUAAUCUGCUGGAGCUAGAAGCCACUCGGGUGGCAGAAAAGGAAGCACUGGCCUUGCUCCGAGAGCAGGCAGCCAGUGUGGGGACUCAGGUGGAGGAGGCGGCCGAACGAAUCCUCAAAUCCCUGCUGGCCCAGAAGCAGGAGGUGUUGGGACAACUCCGGGCCCUCGUGGAGGCUGCUGAGGAGGCUACGAGGGAGAGGCUGACCAAGAUAGAGAGCCAGGAGCAGGUGGCCAAGGCGGCUGCUGCCUUUGCCCGUCGGGUGCUCAGCCUGGGUCUGGAGGCGGAGAUCCUUUCGCUGGAGGGAGCGAUCACACAGCGCCUGCGCCAGCUUCAAGACACUCCCUGGACAUCUGGGCCCACCCGCUGCGUGCUGCCCCAGCUGGAGCUCCACCCUGGGCUCGAGGACAAGAACUGCCACUUGCUCCGACUCUCCUUUGAGGAGCCAAGGCAAUCCCAGAAGGACGGUGGGAAGGUUGGAGCUGGCACCCAAGGUGGAGAUGAAGCUCAAAGCCAAGGGGAUGACAGAACUAAGACAGGGAAGCAGGGCGGAGCCCAGCCCCUGAUUCCCAAGGAAGGCAAAGCCCAGAACCCCCCAGAAGAUGACGAGGUCCUAAUCGAAAGGGGUAACAGACCUAACAAGAAGAAAAAGUGCAAAGGCAGGGGCAAGUCUGUCUCUCGGGAGCCCAGCCCCAUCCUGAGGCCAAACCUGGAAGGUUCGGGCCCCCUCCCUCGGCCUGUGUUCUCCUGGAGUUUCCCCACAAGGAUGCCUGGGGACAAGCGCUCCCCACGAAUCACUGGGCUCUGUCCCUACGGCCCCCAGGAGAUCUUGGUGGCCGAUGAGCAGAACAGGGUCUUGAAACGCUUCUCCCUCAAUGGCGACUACAAGGGCACAGUGCCGGUCCCCGAGGGCUGUUCCCCGUGCAGCGUGGCUGCCCUGCAGAACGCCGUGGCUUUCUCGGCCAACGCAAAGCUCUAUCUCGUCAGUCCUGAGGGGGAAGUUCAGUGGCGCAGGUCCCUGAGCCUCGCCCAGUCCAGCCACGCCGUGGCCGCGAUGCCGUGUGGAGACCGGGUGGCUGUCAGUGUGGCAGGCCACGUGGAGGUAUACAAGAAAGAAGGCAGCCUGGCUACCCGGUUUAUCCCUGGAGGCAAGGCUAGCCGAGGCCAGAGGGCACUGGUGUUCCUGACCACCAGCCCCCAGGGCAAUUUCGUAGGGUCAGAUUGGCAGCAGAACAGUGUGGUUUUCUGUGAUGGGCUAGGUCAGGUGAUCUGGGAAUACAAAGGCCCUGGGCUCCAUGGCUGCCAGCCAGGUUCUGUGUCUGUGGAUAAGAAGGGCUACAUAUUUCUGACCCUUCGAGAGGUGAAUAAGGUGGUGAUCCUGGAUCCCAAGGGGUCACUUCUGGGUGACUUCCUAACAGCAUACCACGGCCUGGAAAAGCCCCGGGUAACCACCAUGGUAGAUGGCAAAUACUUGGUGGUGUCACUUAGUAAUGGAACCAUCCAUGUCUUUAGGGUCAGGUUUCCUGACAGUUAAAGGGGCUUACGGCUGGGGUGGAGGGCAGGUGGGAAGGGAGGGGGGAGGGCAUAAUAGAAUCAGAGCCACUUGUAGAAUGAGGUGGCCAAGGGCAUUUUCCCAACCAGAAAAACGCUUGCUCCUUUUGCUAUGCGGGGAUAGAAGAUACUGAGUGAUGCUGGCGGCGGCGUGAUAGCUCUGAGCACACAGAGGUGCCGGGAGUCAGCAAACCGCUUGCUUUCCAGUGCUCCCUGCACCUGUGGCUUCUGCUGUGCUUUAGGUGUCUUCAAUCUAAAGCCCGAUUCUUGAUUUGUAUUCUUCACAACCAUUCCUGGGAUGCCGGCCUGGCUCCUCUGUAGAGCGCCUGCCUAGCUCCUACCACUGAGGAGUCGGGGCCCUGCUAGCUGUAGAGGGCCUGUCUAGAAUCCACCAAUGAGGGUGGAGAUGUGGCUCAGUGGUAGAGCCCCUGCCUAGAAUCCCCCAGUGAGGGGCUGGGGGCGUGGCUCAGUGGUAGAGCCCCUGCCUAGAAUCCCCCAGUGAGGGGCUGGGGGUGUGGCUCAGUGGUAGAGCCCCUGCCUAGAAUCCCCCAGGGAGGGGCUGGGGGUGUGGCUCAGUGGUAGAGCCCCUGCCUAGAAUCCCCCAGGGAGGGGCUGGGGGCGUGGCUUGGUCUUAGAAGACUUGUCUGGUCUGCAGGAAGUCCAAACAAUGCCAUCCAAUUCCCAGGCAUAUCUUCCUUCCUAGAAACAAAACAAACAAAACAAAACCUUGGAGCAGGGGAACUAGAGUCCUAUGGAGGUGACAUAAGUCAUCCGCUAAGGAAAGGAAGACCCAGUACAUGUCAGUCAGGGUAUGUUAGGCAUACUGGAAAGAGGAUGAGAACUGGCCGUUCUCACAGGGGAAUAUGGAGUCAGAAGAGGCUAGAGAUCUCAGAACAGCAAUAACUGCUGUGUUCUGCCAAUCCAUCAGGGAGUAGAAACUUCCUCGGUGAAGUAUGGGGUGGGUUUCAAGAAGCCAGGAGUCAGGGAGUGCAGGCACAAGCAAAGGCCAUAGGUGUGAGUUUAAAUCCAGGUGCAGCAUCACACACACACACACACACACACACACACACCUCUGUUAUCCCAGCACUUGGGAAGCUGAGGCAGGAGAAUCAUGUUUGAGCCUAGCCUGGGCUACAUGCAGAGAUUGUAAAAAAACUGGUCUCUUGCAACUCUCGAGCACCAGUCUGUCCCACAGAAGCCCCAUCUCUGGCCACAUGUUCAAGUGGAUCAGGAAAGGUGCCCACCGUUAAGAUAGAUCCUAACUCUUCCUGAUGGUGGCUGAGGGGUGUCCAGAGAGGAGGGCUGACUCACGGAGGCCAUGAUUCUGUGACCACUCCUAAGUUCUUCACCAAGGACAUGGACCACACCAUCCUGUCCUUAUUGCCCACAAACCAGACAUCUCCCAAGUUCUAGGAAGGCAAUGAAGCUCUCGGAAGCCAUGAGGAUGAGAUCUGGGCGGUGCUGAAUAAGGCUCGCCAGCUGCAGACACAGCAGCUAGUGGGGGAGGGGUGCUUAUGACUGCUGGUGAAGCCCAUCGACACGACACCCCAAGGUGGUCAAAGGCUACAUCAACUGGUUCUAACUGGACAAACAGAAGUUCUUGGAGACAGAAGAGCAGAAUCUUAUCAAAGAUAUCAGUCUUCCCUGAAAGGCCCCCUCAGGAAGCUCAGUGACCUCAGAGGUAGCAAGCUGGCCAGGGUCCCCUCACAAAGGAGAUGUCCAGUGUCUGUAGGAGACAGGAUAAGAAGAGUCGGUGAACAGGAUACGUCAGAAUAUGGCAAAGGAACAUCAGGUCCUUCCUGGUUACGUCCUAGGCUUGCAGGAAAUGCAGGAAUUCUUACAGACCUCGGAUAUCAGCAAGUCUCAGGCCUUGAAGUCCAACAUGGGGGACAUUGUGAACAAUGUGCAGACAUAGGGGUCUGAAGGACUCCCUGAUACCCUUGCAGCCUGUGAAGGGUGGAAGUCUCGAUGGCAGUGUUUGGGUUUUACUUCAGUGAAGGUGUGGACAAUGUUGGUCUGGCAAGGACAAUACCACAAGAUCUACACACACACUCCAGCCCUUCCCCUGCCAUCAACUGCAAGAUCCCAGGUGCCCACACCAAGGAAGAUGGUGAAUUCCAGCUCGCCUGAUGCCGCUAGCCAGUAACCACAUCAUUCAGGUAAAGCUGGGGGACCAAGGGCCGCCCACUGACACCUCACCCCACCUUCUAAGCAGAGGCACAAGUUGACUCCCCCACCCUGAGCUGCUGUUCUCCUCCCACCAUCUCUGCGCCUGCCCAGGUGGGCGGGGCCUGGGAGGCAGAGAUUAGGGAGGUCCAGUGUCACCAUGUUUCAAGGUCCAUAAAAACUUAGUCAUGUUUCCUUGGCUCUAGAGUAAGAAAAACAUAUAUCUUUAAAAGCCAUAUGGGACAAGCAGGGAGGCAGUAGUGAUGGUUGGAUGCAGAGUGGUAGAUUUAAUAUGCAAAAAGUGGGUAUCUUUAAUAUAUAAUCCUAGAGGCAAAAUAAAACCACUAAACAGACAGUUUAGGCAAUCUGAAGUUAAAUAGGAUUUAACUUUUAAAUAGGAUGUGACAUUUAAACAGGGCAUGAAAUCUCUAUAAUACUUUCUUAUGCUUUCUACGUGUUUCCUAGGAUCUUGUUUAUGCUUUUUGUUAGCUUUCUCGGCAAAAUCCCUUUUCGGAAAUGUUAGCCUUUAUGUGAAUGAUGUGAAGUGAUUUCGUCUGUGAUGGGAGGGGUGUGACGAGGUGCUGAAGCCAAAAGGCCAGCAUGGGAUUGGAGUGCCAAGCAGAAUUUGGGAAGUCAGCAGUGGCGGACGGGGUGGGGGUGGGGGGACCUAAGAUAGGAGGAGGCAUAAAACUGUGGAGGCAGAUACAGUUGGAAGCGAGCCACUGUCACCUCAGCGCUUUGAGUCUGUGGUGGCGUCUUUGGAUAGAGAUGGUAGAGUGUAUUUAGCCAGGGGCUGUGAAAAAACGAGGCUGAAGAGAGACUUAAGAUAGGGACCGUGAUGACUCAGUGUGUAGGGGAAUCCAGGGGUCUUUGGGACAAAGUCUAGAUGGAAGUUUAGGGAUAGAGAAGGGUCGUCUGUUUGUAGAAACCAGUGCAGGGAAUCACCGAUGUCCAGGUGGUCAACUUGGAUUACAUAUAAAUUCUAAAGGCUGGCUAGGGGGGUGCAAGCCUGGUUGUAAUCCCAGGACUCAGGAGGUGGGGUAAAAUUGUGAGCUCAAGGCCAGCCGAGGCUCCAUAGUGAGACCCCCCCCCAAAUAAAAAGCAGGAGGGGCUGUGGCUCGCAAUUGGCACAGUGCUUGCCUGGCAUACCCAGUCCCUGGGUUUGAGUCACAGCACUGAAUGAAAUCAGGUAUAGCACACACCUGCAGUCGCAGCAGUCGGGUAGAGGUGGGAGACUCAGAAGUUCAUGGUUAUCCUUGGCUACAAAGCAAAUUCAAAACCAGCCUAGGCUACACGAGACCUUGGCUCUUAAAAAAAAAAAAAGCACUCUUAAAAACAAAAAAAGCAAACAAAUAAACAAAAAAUCCAAAAUGGAUAAGUAGAGAUCAAAAUAUAUACACGGAGAAGCGUAAAGAAGACUCGAGAGCCCGUGGGAUUAUAAACAGCAGAGAAUUCUGAUUUGAUAAGGAAAAGCUGAAAUGCUGGCAUUCUGGCAAAAAGAUGCCUAGCUGGACAAAGAACAAAAUAGUUUAUGCACCCAGGGGAGGCAUCUAUGAGCAACGACUUGUAAAACGAAAAAGAAUUCACCAAAUAAAACCGCUGGCAUAUGCCAAAGAUAAAAAUGUGUUCUGAAGAAACAUGUAGAUUCCUGGCACUAUAAAAUAAUGCCUCCCAGGGAGUCAUUUGGCAAUAUUUGCCACAUUUUUGGGGGGGGGUGUAUGAUUGUAAAACUAUGUUAAUCUCAGCCUGCCUAGAAUCCAACAGGGGCUAAGGAUUAGAGGGCCAGUGAGUGGCUCAGUCUCUGGCAUUGGGGUGGGGUGGGGGUGGGGAUGUUAUCCCCCUUUGGGGAAUACAUUCUGGGAAAAUAAUUCGGUAGCAGAAAAAUAUUGGCAGAGAGACCUUUAUAGCUGCUUCAUUAACUGGAAACCGCUCCGUGGUGGGGCAACGACUGAGUAGACUGUGGUGUGUUAGAAGAAUGAACCUCCGUGGCUCACAGCUAUGACAAGCAUUUGGAAGAAAUUGUGUGGGACGCAGUCAUAAGAGAGGGAAGGGAGAGCAUGGGGCUGGGGAGAUAGCUCAGUGGGUAAGGAUGCUUGCUAUCCAUUCUUCAAGGAUGUGAGUUCAAGUCCCCAGUGCCCAUAUACAAAGCCAGAUGUGGCCCCAGGUAGCAGAACUUAUAAGGGUGGGGGACAGAGUCAGACCUGUUUCCUGGCAGGCUUGCGGGUUCAGCGACAGACCCUGUGACAGCAAAGGACUCUCGGUGUCCUCUAGACCUUGUGCCAGCGCGCACACACAGGGAAGGAGAGAGCUCGAUUGAUUGGAUUCUGACUGCGUCAUGUCAGCGACCAGUGGGACUGUCUGAAUAACUGCCAGGCAGACAAUGGACUCCUCAUCUGUAAAUAGUCAGUGAUUUAUUUCCGAGGUUAUGUCUUUUUUUUCUUUGAGUUAUUUGGGCUGAUACUCACAUCUGUGUACUUCUACUUCAGUUAGUAUUAUAUGCUUGAAUACUUCAUGAAAAACAUACUUCUAUAAAUAAUACUUAAGAAUAACUAACUAGCCGGCCAGAUGCGGUUAGUGCACACUGGUCACUCUAGCACAUAGGGUGAGGCAGGAGGAUUGCUAUUUUGAGACCCGGUGGUCUCCACAGGUGAAGGGAUGGCUAUGAAGUUCCCAGCAUUCAUUAAGUCUUGAGUCUCCUGACCAAUCCAGACCAAGUAGUGGGAAUACAGAACCUGGUGGGGUCAGAGCAGUUGUAUAAAGGGCCAGACAGCGUGUGUGUUGUUGCUCUAGAUCUGCACAGGUAGCUGCUCAUUAAACAUCUGUGAAGUGACUUAAUGUGUAGAGAGAGCAAACAGCGCUCUGACACCAAAGGUUUCUUAACCUCAGUAUGCCACAACCUUAAGCCAUCCAAACUGCAGUAAUCGUGGCUGGCGGGAAGUUUCCAGCAGGGGGCACUGUUGUGCCUCCUAAGAUAGACUUCAAAAGCAGAGAGAAGAUUGGGAUGUCCCGCUUCUUUUAGGAAAGGGAGGAGUAAGGGACAAGACUGUAGGGGCUCCUGGGCAGGCGUUUUUUUGUGUAGCGGCAGAGACACAGAGGUGCAGGGGAACCCAGAUGGUGUGUGUGUGUCGGGGAGGGGGGGGGGGGUGUGAUUCAGUGAGAGAGCUUCAGAAAUGAAGCCAGACCUCGUAGUGCAGGCUGCUGCCCCAGCAUGUUGGGAGACUGAGGCAGAACAGUAGUAGAUUCAAGACCUCCCUUCACAACUUAGCGAGAUCAUAUUUUAAAAGAAAUAGGGGUUGGGGAUUUAGCUCAGUGGUAGAGCGCUUGCCUAGCAAGCGCAAGGCCCUGGGUUCGGUCCCCAGCUCCGAAAAAAAAGAAAAAGAAAAAAAAAAAAAAGAAAUAAAAGAGGGUUGGGCUGGUUGGGCAUAGAGGGCUUGCCUAGAAUCCCCCAGUGAGGGGCUACCCAACCUGCCACCGGAAAGAGGGAGGAGUUUUCUGGUUCUGAGAGAGAAUUCCACAAAUGCUUCAGAGACAGAACCAAAGGCUUCUCCGGGGACCUUGGAAGAUGAAGGGAGAUGCUGAACUCAGUUUGUUUACACUCAGUAUUUGUAUUACUUUCCAGAAGUUACACAAACAAGCCACUCAGCAAAGCAUACAAGUGACCACAGAAGUACGAGGGACCAAUGGUCCUGUGGCUAAGAGCCAGGGCCAUUCUCAACGCCAGCUGGGAAUUAGCUGCUCUGAUCGAGGACCAAUUACCCUUGACAUUUCAGGAAAGUUUGAUUUUUAUUUUCAAUAUGGCAAGAGUGGCCCUGUUUAUCUUUGGAUAGUUUAGAGAAAAUAGGAUUUGGGGGAAGUGGGGCAAGAUCGUGCUCUUUCAGGAUUGAAUCUAUUACUCCAUAGUAUCAUUUCCUUAAUCCCUGUGGGUACGGAUGGCCAAGGGAAGUUUUUAAAAAUGUGUCUAAGGAAAUGGGUGGUGAUGGAGAUCUGAGCUAGACAGAGUUUGAGUGAUGGGCGCCAGGGUCCAGAGGCCUGGCCAUCUCUAUUUGGCAGGAAGUUGAAGGUGGAAACAGUCCUCUAAGGGGGGAUUGCAGAGGAGAGAGGCAAUCUGUGAAGUAGGGAGAGAGCUGCCUUACCCUAGCUGGUAGUGAAGCUGCCAGAGAGAGCACCAGAAGUGGGUGUGCUGGAAGGUACCAGAGUUGGCCCACCAAGUGACUUGUGGACUUAGCAUAUCAAAAUGACCCAUGAGGGCAGAGGGGGGGGGAUGUUAGAUCUUCAGGGACUUCCAGACACCUGGCAUUGGUGGAGCAGUGACAUCAAACAUUCCUCCCUCUCCUCAAGAUACCUCAAGGUGAGGUAUCUCAGUGACCAAGUAGAAGACAGUGGGCAUACACAGGGAAGAAGGUCAGAAGAAGGCGGAAAUCAUGGGAAGACAGCACAAGGUGUCUCCAGAGGAAAUUGUAGCUGGUUAUCUUAGGGACCAGGAGAGAAUGGGUUGAGGAGAGAUCCUGAGGGUCAGCCCCGCCCACUUCCCCCGUUGCCAUGGGACCAAGUGCCUAUGCUGUGAAGCCUUAUCGUUACAUAUUUGUACCUCCUGUUUCUAAUAAAGUUCUCUGGAACCA